AUUGUGGGAAAGUAGCUGAACGCGGCACCAGCAAAAAUGGAGGCGGCAGAAACUGAGGUGGAAACUGCAGUCCUAGAGGUCCUGACUGAGGUGGCAGGCAUCCUGGAACCUGCAGGCCUCCAGGAGGAGGCAGAACUGUCAACCAAGAUCCUGGUUGAGUUUGUGGUGGACUCCCAGAAGAAAGACAAGCUGCUCUGCAGCCAGCUUCAGGUGGUGGACUUCCUGCAGAACUUUCUGGCUCAGGAGGACACUGCCCAGGGUCUGGAUCCCUUGGCUUCUGAAGACACAAGCAGACAGAAGGCAAUUGCAGCCAAAGAACAAUGGAAAGAGCUGAAGGCCACCUAUAGAGAGCACGUGGAGGCCAUUAAAAUUGCACUUACCAAGUCCCUGACUCAGAUGGAGGAAGCCCAGAAGAAACGGACACAACUCCAAGAAGCAUUUGAGCAGCUCCAGGCCAAGAAACAAUUGGCCAUGGAGAAACGCAGAGCAGCCCAGAAACAGUGGCAGCUACAACAGGAGAAGCGGCUGCAGCAUCUAGCAGAGGUUUCUGCACAGGUGAGGGAGCGUAAGAUAGGAACUCAGAAGGAGCUUGAGGGGGUGUUUCAGAAACUUGGAAACCUGAAGCAGCAAGCAGGACAGGAGAGGGACAAGCUACAGAGGCACCAGACCUUCCUCCAGCUUCUGUAUACCCUGCAGGGUAAGCUGCUGUUUCCUGAAGCUGCCGCUGAGGCAGAGAAUAUUCUAGAUGAUAAACCCCAGCAGCUGACUCGACUCGAGGAGCAGAGUAUAGGAGACACCAUGAGGAGAGACCCUGGUGUGUCCUCCAAGGCUGAUGGUCUACAACCUGCUCGAGAUUCAAAUUUGCCAUGGAUCUCUGGAGAACAACAGCAUGGAGAAAGAUCCUAGAACAGUCCUCUGACCCUCCCGCAACACACACACACAACCAUCAUUGCAAGAAAUACUGUGAACUCCUGAGUUCAGCCUGAUUUCUGACUACAACCCAGGUGGGACAAGCUCUGGCAUCUGUGGAUUAAAAGCCUUGGAUCUCUCUCAGUUGCAUAUUUGUUUCUUCAUCUUCAUAUGCUGGCAGGCAGAACUGUUAAUACAGAUACUAAGAAGCCAAUAACAUGACAGGAGCUGGGACUGGUUUUAACAAAGGGUGUGCAGAUGGGGAGGGGGUACUGACCUUGUGCCUCAGGGGUUGCUUCCUUCUAUGAUGCAGACAUGCUGAAUUUAAUUCAAGGAGGAGGAGAUUAUUUUAGGCAGGUGGUUAUAUGCAAGGAAGAUAAUUUAUUCACUAAUCCAAAUUGUAUUCAUGGAUCCAAAUGUUUGUUGAGUCCUUUCUUUGUGCUAAGGUUCUUGCUGUGAACCAGAGCUAUAACAGUGAGCUCAUCUGACCCUUUUAAGAUAUAUAGUCUAGUAUUAACAUUCUUGGUAUCUUUUUGUGCCUUAUCUAAAACAUUUCUUGAUCACUGUUUUCAGUUGUUCAUUUAUUAGUCUUUUCAAAGAAUCAGAGAUUGGCUUUUGUCAUCCACUGUUGUAUGUUUUGUUUCCUUGACCUCUAGUAAUACCUUGAUCAUUUCCUAUCUUAUGUUUUCAGAUGGAUUAGAUGUACCUUUUCUGCAUACUCUUAUUUUUAUCAGAUGAUCAACUCAUGUAUUUGGAUCUUUAUUUGGUUUCUGAAAUAAACAUGUAAGG